CGACGACCUUUAAUGUAGCAGGACCGCCGUCCUCGUCCUCGUCCUCGUCCUCUCCACCUAUCUCUAUUCUCUUCCUAGACCCGACGAUUUCAAAAUGCCUACCAUGUGGUUAUCAGAUACCCAGAAAAUCGGGGUCGCUUUCUGCUCUGGCGGAGGCUUCUUCCUGAUUGGAGGUGUCAUGCUAUUCUUUGAUCGAGCUAUGCUCGCGAUGGGCAACAUCCUCUUCCUAAUCGGACUCACGAUAAUCAUCGGCCCGCAAAAGACGCUGCUCUUCUUCGCGCGGAAGCAGAAGGCUAAGGGCACUGCUGCUUUCUUCCUUGGACUCCUGCUGAUCUUGAUGCGGUGGCCUCUGAUCGGCUUCUGCGUCGAGUUGUACGGUAUCAUGGUCCUGUUCGGCGACUUCCUCGGCACGAUAGCCAGCUUCGCCCGCAACGCACCCGUCGUCGGACCCUACAUCGGCAUGUUGAUCGACCGUAUACCCGGCUUCAGCGCGCGGCGAAAUGCCGAGCUGCCUGUCUGAACUAGACGGGCACAAUUAUUUACUGUCCCGCGCCUGUGGAUAGAGCUACAUAACUCGUUCGCCUACCCCUUUUACGCUACCUGGGGUGGUUAAUAACGAGACCGAGCCGCGAUGUUAUCAUGUCACAGAGUUUGGACGCGGAGACGCUAAUGAGGAAGUAGGAUAGGUCUGUAUAAUAUUGUAUAUGACGGU